GAGCUCUUCCUGGCAUGAGCCACCUCCUUCACAGCCAGGGAGCUCUUCCUGGCAUGAGCCACCUCCUUCACAGCUAGGGAGCGCUUACUGGCAUCAGCAGAUGGAACUAGGCGGCAACCAGUCGCAACCGUUCAUGCAUUCAGAGCAGUCACCCAUCCUUAGUGGUGGUGCUGAUUACUUUGAGGGCGACCGCGAGGAUGAUGACCAUGCUACAAACAUUUAUGGCUUCUCGCAGACAGUGUUUCACACUCCACCACCACCACCGACGCAGGAGACACAGACCGUGACAGACGAGGUUAACUAUGGUCGUGGUUAUCGCGAGCCUCGUCCACCGCCUCAGCGCUUAUCGCCUUCCGGUCCUCGCCCGAGGAAGACCCAGACUCGUCGCCGUCCCCCGCAGUGAUAUGCUUAUCUAUCUAUGUAUGACUCAUUAUCUAUGUUAGUUUCAGACUAUUCGCAUAUGUGUGUCAGUAUUUAUGUAUGAGACAUGCUUCAUGUAUGUGUUACUAUCGCACUUCCUUCUAUCUGAUCAGGAGACAUAUAUUGUUUUAUGUAUG